AAGAACAACAAACGUAGGAGAAAAAAAAAUGGUAUUCCAGAAAGAGCACCUUGAUCUAUAUUUGGUGCCUAGUGGAUUGCUCAUCAUGUUUGCUUAUCAUCUCUUUCUUCUCCAGAGAUGCGUUAAAAAUCCUCAUACAACAGUCAUUGGCUUUGAGAACAAUGAUAAAAUAGCUUGGGUUCAAAAAAUCAUGCAGACUGAAAAUCAGGAUGUUACAACCGCAUUAGAUGUUCUAGCAUCAAACAACUCAGGAGCAACAUUCUUGGCAACUCUCUGUUUAACUCUGAGCUCUCUCAUUGGAACAUGGAUGGCAAAUAGUUCAACUUUAUUUAGGAGUGAAUUAAUAUAUGGUGAUACAAGGCCAGUCACCAUCUUCAUUAAGUACAUAAGCCUUAUUAUAUUUUUCUUGGUGGCAUUUUCUUGCUUUGUUCAAUCAUCAAGAUGUUUUAUCCAUGCAAAUUACCUAAUUAGUAUACCAAAUAGUGAAGUUCCUGCGAGCUAUGUGGAAUUGGCUGUGAUAAGAGGAGGUGAUUUUUGGUCUAUUGGGCUUAGAGCUCUAUAUUUUGCCAUCACUUUAUUGCUAUGGUUUUUUGGUCCAAUUCCAAUGUUUGUUACUUCAAUUGGGAUGGUUUUUCUUCUUUAUUAUCUUGACACCAACAAGAGUCCAUUGCUGCAACAUUAUCAUUCUUCCACCAACCACCCGCCGCUCAAAAGCUUAGAGGAAAUGCUAUAAUUUCUUGAUAGUUAUACAAAAUUUGAUCAUCAGUUAAAAUUUAAAUUUUGGAAGUUUGAGAUGUAAUAUCAGCAAGA